AGGCAGUGCGGCCGACCGGCUGUUGUUUGCAGUACUUGGCAGUAGCCGCUUGCCAUACAGGAGCUGCUUUUCACGUCACGAAGGGAGGAGGGCUGAUCCUCAGCGCAGACGCGGUGGCCGAGAGCAUCCGGACAGAGGUGUCGCCCGGAAUCCCAGGAAAUGAAGAGGGUGAAAAUAAUCUUCGGUCACUUGGCUUCGGGCUCCGGGCCGGAGCGGAGUGCCUGCCGAGCCGGGCAGCCCGACAGCCCCCAGGACGUGGUGGUGGUACACGGCUUGAGGACACCCAUAGGGAGAGCCAAGCGAGGGUGCUUCAAGGGCACUACACCCGAUGAGCUGUUGGCCACUGUCAUGGCAGCGGUACUGAGAGAUGUCAACCUGAGCCCACACCACCUCGGCGACAUCUGUGUUGGGAACGUGCUGCAGCCUGGAGCGGGAGCUUUCAUGGCGAGAGUGGCUCAGUUUCUCAGUGGCAUUCCAGAGACUGUCCCCCUCAGCUGCGUGAACAGGCAAUGCUCAUCCGGGUUACAGGCCUUCAUCAACAUAGCAGGAGGUAUUAGGAACGGGUCCUAUGAUCUCGGACUGGCCUGUGGGGUCGAGAGCAUGAGCCUCCGUAGCGCAGGUGAUCCUUCCAGCCUCGGGGACGUCAGUGACCGGAUGAUGGAGCACGAGAAAGCCAGGCAGUGUCUCAUCCCCAUGGGGUUGACCUCGGAGAAUGUGGCCGAACAGUUUGGAAUUUCCAGGGAACGUCAAGACGCCUUCGCUCUGACUUCCCACCAGAAGGCAGCUCGUGCCCAGAAGGAGGGCCUGUUUGAGGUGGAGAUGGUUCCGGUGACCACCGUUGUCUCGGGCAAGACGGGUAGUUCCCAGCCCCUCACCGUGACCCGGGACGAGGGGGUGAGGCCUAGCACCUCGCUGGAGGGGCUCCGCAAACUGGCGCCCGCGUUCAAGGAGAACGGCACGACCACCGCAGGAAACUCAAGCCAAGUGAGCGAUGGGGCAGCUGCGGUGCUGGUCGCCCAACGUAGCAAGGCUGUGGAGUUGGGGCUGCCGGUGUUGGGGGUUCUCCGCUCCUACGCCGUGGUGGGAGUUCCGCCGGACAUCAUGGGAGUCGGACCGGCUUACGCCAUCCCAGCAGCGCUGGAGAAAGCGGGUCUGACCGUAGAUGACAUUGAGGUGUUUGAAAUAAAUGAGGCUUUUGCCAGCCAGGCUCUGUAUUGUGUUGAGAAACUGAACAUUCCUCUGGAGAAAGUGAACCCUAACGGUGGAGCCAUCGCCCUGGGACAUCCCCUGGGCUGUACAGGAGCGAGGCAGAUCAUCACCCUGCUGAAUGAACUCAAACGCAGGGGCAAGAGAGCUUAUGGAGUGGUGUCGAUGUGUAUCGGGACGGGGAUGGGAGCUGCAGCCGUCUUUGAAUACCCAGGACACUGAAAAGGAAUAAGCCCAAGGCCAGUGAGGGGGGAAAAGAGGGUGUCCCCAAAAGAGUUAACAUACUAACUUUCAAAGGUUAAGGGAAUUGGACAACGGUUUCAAAAAGGAAAACCUUGCAGGGCUAUGGGGUAAGAGCGGGGGAGUGGGG